CCCAGCUUGCCCUGCCCUGCCCUGCCUGGCCUCGGAGCGGAGCGGAGCCCACCACGGACCAGCCGCUCUCACCUUCUCUCCUGCCCGCCUCGCCUCGGUCUCAGCCAACCAUGACACUCACCAUGGCUCUCUCGCUCCUCUGGGUCCUCCUUGAAGGCGUGGCAGGCGGGCACUGGGGCGCCUGGAUGCCCCUGCAUAUCUCGGCUUUCGAGGGCACAUGCGUGGCGGUGCCCUGCCGCUUCGACUUCCCUGAGGAGCUGCGUCCGGCCACCGUGCACGGGCUCUGGUACUACAACAGCCCCUACCCCAAGAACUACCCCCCUGUGGUGUUCAAGUCCCGCACCAGCAUUGUGCACGAGAGCUUCCAGGGCCGCACACGCCUGCUGGGUGACCUCCAGGCUCACAACUGCUCACUGCUCAUCACCCGCCUCAGCCCCGAGCUGGCUGGCAAGUACUACUUCCGAGCCGACCUGGGCGGCUACAACCAGUACACCUACUCCGACCACAGCAACCUGGAGAUCGUCAACAAGCCGACCAUCAUGGUGCCGCUGGUGGUGGUGGAGGGGGCAGAGGUGGAGCUGCGCUGCCUGGUGCCCGACAACUGCCCCGAGAUGCGCCCGGUGGUGAGGUGGCAGGGCCACGAGGAGCUGGCAGAGCAGACGGUGCAGGCCCGGCUCGAGGAGACCGAUGGCAACUGGACCCAAGUGUCCGGGGUGCGGUUCCUGCCCAGCCGCCGGGACCACGGCCGCACCCUGGCCUGCCGUGUGACCUACACCAACACCACCUUCGAGUUCGAGGACCGUGCCACCCUCGACGUCAAGUAUGAGCCGCACAUUGUGGAGAUGACAGACUCACUGGAGGCCACGGAGGGGGCAUCUGUGGUGCUGGCAUGCGCAGCUGAUGCCAGCCCAGUGGCGCUGCUGACUUGGGCGCAGGGUGCGGCAGUGCUGGCCGAGGAGCCAGGCACGCGCCUGGAGCUGCAGCUCUACAAUGUCACCCCCGCCCACGAUGGCAUCUACACCUGCGUGGCUGAGAACGUCCAUGGCCGCGCCAACCGCUCCCUCGGCCUCACCGUGUUCUAUGCUCCACGGCCGCCUGUGAUCAAUGCCUCGGGGGUGGCAGUGGAGGGGGAGCCCGUGACCAUUGCAUGCAGCACGGAGAGCAACCCCGAGCCCAUUCUCAGCCUGCUGAAGGAGCGACGUGUGCUGGCCACAGCUGUUUAUGAGCGGCAGCUGGCGCUGGACCUCCCCGGCGUCACCCACGAGGAUGACGGCGAGUACUGGUGUGUAGCUGAGAACCAGUAUGGGCAGCAGGCCACCGCCUUCAACCUCACCGUGGAGUUCACACCGAUAAUCCUGCCGGAGUCGCGGUGUACGGCUGGGCGGGACACGGUCCAGUGCAUCUGCGCUGUCAAGGCCAACCCUGAGGCGGCUGUGACCUUCGAGCUGCCCACACGCAAUGUGAGCCUCAACGAGAGCGCACGGGAGGUGGCCCAGACAGAGCGGGCUGGCUAUGCCCUCACCAGCAUCCUCACGCUGCGUGGCGAGCUUGACUCCCAGCUCUAUGUGCUGUGCGCUGCCCGCAAUGCCCACGGUGCCCGCCGCCGCCAGCUGCACUUCCACCACGCCAACAGCCUCAUGUGGGCCAAGGUGGGGCCGGUGGGGGCCGUGGUGGCCUUCGCCAUCCUCAUCGCCAUCGUUUGUUACAUCAGCCAGACCCGCAAGAAGUAA